CCAACCGAGGCCGGCGCUUCAAGUGGGCCAUUGAGCUGAGCGGGCCUGGAGGAGGCAGCAGGUGAGGAGCCCGGGCGAAGCUCGGUAACAAGAGUCUUCACCCCAGAAUUGCCGCGGAGGAAUAGGCCCUGAUCUCUCAGGAGCCGAAGUGACCGGGGCGGUGGCCAGGGAGACUCGCUGUACCCUGUCGGUUACUUGGACAAGCAAGUGCCUGAUACCAGCGUGCAAGAGACAGACCGGAUCCUGGUGGAGAAGGUGCAGAGCUAUAGGUGUCACAGUAGUUCCUAGGCCAGUCCUGACCUACAUAUCCACCGUCCUCUCCCGAGCAGCAUAUGAAUAUCCUACUGUGGGAGUCUUAUCCCUAAUAUUGCGCUGCUGGGACAUUGCCUUGGGUCCCCUCAAGCAGAUUCCCAUGAACCUCUUCAUCAUGUACAUGGCAGGCAAUACGAUCUCCAUCUUCCCUACUAUGAUGGUGUGUAUGAUGGCUUGGCGGCCCAUUCAGGCACUUAUGGCCAUUUCAGCCACUUUCAAGAUGCUAGAAAGUUCAAGCCAGAAGUUUCUUCAGGGUUUGGUGUAUCUCAUUGGAAACCUCAUGGGUUUGGCAUUGGCUGUUUAUAAGUGCCAGUCAAUGGGACUGUUGCCUACACAUGCAUCAGACUGGUUAGCCUUCAUUGAGCCCCCUGAGAGGAUGGAGUUUAGUGGUGGAGGAUUGCUUCUGUGAAGAGGAGAAAGAAGCACCUGGUGCCUGUGUAUCGGGAUCUCAUUUACAACCUUCUUUUGUGCCCAGUGGCUCCUUCUCAGCAUACUAAUUCUUAAAGUUAUCACUCAUGCUGAACAGAACCAAAGCUCUCUUUACUCCAUGGUGAGGAGAUGAAUCCCAGAAAGACAAUGUACGUAUCACUCCAAACACACAAAGAAACUAUACCACAACCCUUGAAUGAAAAUAAUGUAGAAAACUUUAUUUAUGUUUCCAGUACAGAGCAAAACAACAAAUAAAACUGUAACUCUAUGUAAACAAAAUGGUUGCUGCUAAAUCAAGAACCACAGCAGCAUCUCCUUUCAAUAAAUUAAAUGGUUGAGAACAAUGCUUAAAAAAAA